CUCAUCCGUUCGCUUCAUGCAACCUGCACCGGACUCUCGUAUCUCUGGCGUUGGGAAAAAGACGUUCUCGAUGAGAAGCUAUAUUUACGCAAUGCUCCUCGCAGCGAGCUCCGCGGCGGCUGGGAAGUACGUACUCGUUGCGGAUCCACACUCCUGGCUCGCUGCGCAGGUAUACUGUCGGACACACUUCACUGAGCUUGCCUCCUUCUCCAGCAGCCAGGACAUGGAUGAGAUCCACAAGGCGGUACAGGGAACCAAUGUCCACCUUUUCUGGCUGGGACUGUACCGUGGAGAGACCAGCGAGGCGAACUGGCUCUGGUCUGGGGGCGGCAACGCCUCCAACCUGCCCUGGGCGGGCGGACAACCGGGCGGGAACAAGGCUCGCCUAAGUCUGGGCUCACAGGACAACCCCUACGGUCUGUACGCCGGGACUGGCACUGGUUCCCGUCCCUUCCUCUGCCUGAACCUGGUGGUGGUGGUGACGGAGCGGAGGUCCUGGGAGGAAGCGCUGGACUACUGCCGGGAGAGGCACGACGACCUCGCCAGCCUGACCUCCGAGACAGACCAACUGCUGGUGGCUAGCCGCGAGAUCCGUGAGGCCCUGAUCGGUGAGCGUGUGUGGGUGGGGUUGAGGCACUUUGGUACCCGCUGGAUGUGGUUGCAGGGGGAGCUGCUGGGAAACAACGCCUCCCUGAGGAUGGGCCUGCAGGGGCAGCCCUGCUCCACCUGUGAGACGCAACAGUGCUACACUUGUGGAUCCCUGAGUCCCAGCGGAGAGCUGCAGGGCCUCGACUGCAAGACCGAGCUGCACUUCCUGUGCUUCUGAGGGGAGA